AUGGAUACAGCACUGCAAACUGGCCUCUCAGCAGGCAUGUCGGCCGUCUCUGGACUUCACUCUAGCAAACCAAAGUGGGCUGAUCCCGAAGUCGCUGGCGACAACGUUCUCCCUACAUGCUACUGUCCAACAGCCCAGUCCCGUGUCGAAUUCCCGACCGCACAAAAGCCAGUCUCGGCAUCCAACAUCUGCGUCGGCGCUUGGUCAUGGGGCGAUAAACCAACUUGGCAAUACCACGAAACUCAAUUACCGGAUAUCAUCCGAGCUUGGAAAACUUUAUACGAAGCAGGCAUCAACUUCAUCGACACGGCUGAGGCGUACGGCAACGGAGAGAGCGAAAGGAUUGUUGGGGAACUCGUCAGGGACUUGCCACGCGAUAGCUUCGUCGUUCAGACGAAGUACUUCAGCACACCGCUAAAAGCGGCCAACUUCAUAUAUCCUACUGAAGCGCCCAUCAAGAGUCUUAAGGGCAGUCUUGAGCGCAUGGGUCUCGAUUACGUGGAUAUUUUUCUUGUCCAUGGACCUAUUCAUCCACAGAGCGUCGCUCAAAUCGCGGAAGGCAUGGCACAAUGCGUGGAACAAGGCUUAGCUCACUGUAUCGGAGUAGCCAACUACGAUGUCGAAGACGUACAGAAGAUCAACGAUGAGCUCGCCAAGUUCAACAUCCCUCUCGCUACAAACCAAUGCGAGUUCAACAUCUUGCGCCGCUAUCCCGAGCUCAGCGGCAAUAUCAAGAAAUGCCAAGACAGCGGCAUGAUCUUUCAGUCGUACUCCUCGCUUGCUCAGGGACGCUUGGCGGGGAAGUACAGGAAGGAUAGUCCGGCACCCAAGUCGCGUCGAUUCAGCAGUUACAAGAUAGAGUACUUGGAUCCGGUAUUGGAAACGUUGAAGACCGUUGCUGAAAGACGAGGGAAGAGUGUUGCGGCCGUGGCGCUGAAUUACAACAUCAGCAAAGGUGUCCUACCAGUUGUCGGGAUCAGGAAUGUCGAGCAAGCCAAAUGUGCGAUCGAGGCACUCGGAUGGAGGCUUACCGAUACAGAGAUGAGGGAGAUCGACAAGGUGAGCAUUGCGGGUGACAAGACGGUCUUUUGGCAGCAAGGGUGA